AUGGAUAGCCGGCCGGUUGCAACGGCGCCUGGUCCGUACACUGGACCCGGUUCCUACCCUCCACCACCGUCUGGAGCGCCGCCGGGGGUCUCAGUCGACCCGUACUCUCGGCCGCCUCAGUCUACCACACCCACGGCUCCAUACCCUGGGACAGUCUAUGGAGGACCGCCUCCUGGACCGACGAGUAUAGCUCCAGUUGAGCACAUGUCUGGCCCUGCAGCCUAUCCAAAUCCUUACCCUCAAAAGGCUAGCAUGGUGGAGGGUCCGCGCCCUUCAGCUGCCCUGAACCCUCUUACUACGACGACGCAGGACCUGAAAACAGUCAAGACCGGGACCCAAUUUGCUCUCCGAGAGUAUUUGUCUCUGCAAAGAAAGAGGGGCCGACUGGAUGGUGCCAUGUCGUUAGAGUUGGAGGAUCAGAUCAGGGCCCAAGGUCGUGUCCUGCUAGGUGAUCUUAAGGUCUUGCGAAAGGAGGUUGGAACCCUAAUCAAAGAUGGCGAAAAUCACCGCUGGAGAAACUGGCUCAUCGGUGGGGCUGUAGCAACCUUUAUCCCAGCCGUGAAGCGCAUCUUCCGCCGCCCUUCUGAUAAGACGGAAACCGACGUCCAAGCGUCUAACAGCACCGAGUACGCAUUCUGGCGCAGCAAAGCACUGGUAGCCCGCAUCAAGGAUAGUCUCCUGGGCCGCAACAGCUUCGCCAGCAUCGCCUUCUUUGUCUUUGCUGUACUCUACGUCUUCACCAAUGAGGUUUCUUUGCAGGUGGCCAAGACCGUAUCCAAGCGAUUGAAGCGACUAAGUGCCAAGAUCGAGAGAGGCGAUGUUGAGGUUGUAGACCAGGACAUGAAGCUGCUCGAAGGCUGGCGGUGGAGAGUUCUCAUGUGGGCAUGGAAGCGUGCAAGUUUCGAUUUCACUUCCGGUCUAUCACCAGCUCGAAAUACCAAGCCAUCAAGUCUGGUCUCUGAAUAUUUCGACAAGUUGAACCACCUUCCUGUGUUACCUCUGUUUCGGUCGGCCACCCCAGGCCCGAGUCGAUACAUGAAAGGUUCUACUGUGACUAGAAGCAGAGGAAAUUCGACCAAGGCUAUGACUGAAACUUCUAACUCGUCAACCCUUGCAUUUGAGAUGAACGCUGGUACUGCUUAUAGCGAUGACUCGCCAAUCACUAGCGCAUAUUCGUCUAUCCAAUCUUCCCUCCGACUUGCUCCACUUCUCAAGAACUUACCACCAGUAACAAUUUCUCUUCACUAA